AUGUCUUUCACCAUCGAGAUCCUCACGUCCCCCUCAGAUGCGCCAGUACUCGGCAAGAUCAAAUCCGACGCUUUCGAAACCAGCACAUUGACCCGCUAUGCAUUAUGCUGGGCAGGCACACCGAGAGAAACAGUCGAGAAAUGGUAUACGGACCGCGAGGAACAAGAUCUUCAGGACCCGCACCAAUACACAAUUAUUUCAGUUCUGGCGGAUCCGGAUACGAAUGGAGUCACUAUUAAUAACUCGAGCUCGGGCUCCGGUACGGUAGCAGGCCAUCAUAAUAAUAAUAACAGAAAUACCAGUAAUACUACGUGUAGAAAUCGAACUGUGGCCUCUUGGGCACGGUUUGGGAUCCCGCAUGCCAAGCCGAAGCAGGGAAAUGGCCAGAUGGAGGAGCCGGAGUAUAAGAAGCUCAAGAAGUAUCUCAUGCAGAACCCACCGUCGGGAUGCCAUCCGGGUAUCUACGCUGCGUUUCGACGGGGGAUACUUGGGGCGCGGGAAAGGUAUUUGGAUGAAGAAAAGGAUUACGUUCUUGAAAUUCUCGCCACGAGCCCCGCGUUUGAGCGGCAGGGUCAUGCUUCUCGGCUACUGAAAUGGGGUAUUGAGAAGGCGGAGGCUGACGGGGCCAGAAUCCUCCUCGAAGCCACACCUGCUGGACUGCCCCUUUAUCAGCGACUGGGUUGGAAUGUGGUGGACGAAAUGCGAAUAAAGCUGGCGGAUCAUGGAGUCGACGCGGAAGGAGAUCAGGAUGGAUGUGCGGUGCUGUAUAUUAUGAUUAGAGAGCCGCAGGGGAAUUCGAAUAGGAGCUGCGGAAUUGAUUAG